CAUGGCCGCCGCAGAGGAGCGAGUUGAUUCGAAAUUUGACGAAUUUUGCCAUAUUUGUGCGACAGUUACCAUCGGUUUCGAGAGAGUUUGCGCCUUGGAAUGCGAACGAAAACUUACUUGCAAAGUUCACCUAGGCAGGGGACGAAUAUAUUUCGACAUCCCGCGCACAGAGCUUGGGAAAAUCAAGGACCUUCGUUCGGUUGAAAAUCUUUUUGUAGUUGUGUCAGACAUCGCAUGCUUCAAGUCCUCCGCAGAUGAAAGCGUAGAGGAAAUACUAGAGAGAUUUUAUCACCUUCCUGAAGAACUAAACUGGGAAUCUGCUAUCAGAAUCUGGAAAGAAUUCAAUGAAUUUUCUUCUGAUAUAAAUACUGUUAAAAACGUUUUGCCCAUAUUGAAUCUGAAAUCACACACAACCGUUGCUAAACAAGAAAUUGAAAGUGCAAAUCCUAUAGGAAGUCCUGACGAAGAAAGGUCAGACCCUAUAGGAAGUGUAGAAAGCCAUAAUCUAUCAGUCGAGCAAACUAAGGCAGGCAUAAUUUUACCACGGUUCAGAGUGACGUGUACCCGAACUCAUUCUGCACCGAGUCAAAAACAUCCAUUCACUUCCAUGCAAGCAGCAGCAAAAUUUGGUGGUGCCAUAAAUGACCAGUUUGGUUGGAUAGUAGACCUAGAAAAUUUCGAUUUGGAGGUGUUGCUAAAUAUCGUAGAUAGUCACGUCGUCGUCGGUGUUUCUCUUACAAAAGAAAGUUUAUUCCGAAGAAAUAUCGUGAAUUUUGGACCGACAACUUUGAGGUCGACACUUGCUUACUGUUUGACAUUGUUAGCUGAUAUCAAGAAAGGUGAGAUAAGCUCAGGGGUUGAAAUUAAAAAAAAAAUUGGUUGGCCAGUUGACUGCCAGUGAAUAAGAUCUGGUCGCAAAAAUUUAAUAACAAGUCGCCCCAUGUCAAUGUAUUAUGAAGUAUUCUGUUCAGUUGUAUACUGUAGAUAUAUACAAUAAACUAAUAAAGAACUGUUUAAUAUAUCGUAUGGAAAACUAUAUGUAAAAGCAUAAUAAAAUACUUGAGAGACUGGAAUAUUUCAAGGCUUUAGAAUUACUUCAUCAUUUCAAUUUUUUCUGUCUCCACGUGGGCUGCAGUUUGGCGCACGCUCAUUUCAACCCCUGGAUAAGCUAGACAUCGCAAUUGCAAUCUUGGACCAAAAUAUUUUCAUAGUUAUUGUCGAUUUCAAGUUCCUUUUCAACGCGCGGGUCCCAAGUUCGUUGCGAACUUACCAAUUACGUUUCCAAGCUCGAAAAUUGGGCGUGAACUUCGCAACGAAGUUCACAAGUACAUUGUUUGAACUUCGUUUGUAAACAAUCACGUUUUUUUGAAGGAGAUGUGGUGUGCGAUCCGCUAUGUGGCAGUGGAGCUAUUCCAAUUGAAUGUGCAAGUGAAUGGCCAUGUUCCUUCAACAUUUCUGGAGACAAUUUUCACUCAGCUCCUCCAAGGACUCAAGACAAUGUGACUUAUGUCAACAACCAGAGAUCUGCUGAGAAUAAGUAUGGCUAUUUUUCAUUUUUGCUAGUGUAGAGUUGACACAGAAAUUUCUGCUGUCAGAUAAAACUUUGUACUUUUUCGUUGGUCCGUAUCGUACUGGCUUUCCCGGCAUUGAGUCGGUUCAACUUGUGAACGAAUGCUAAAUUAUUUUGAAAUCUAUGCUAAAUUGUUAACUAUUUACCAUUCAACAUACGUUUUAAUAAGUUAUUUUCAACUUUAAUGCGGAGCAAUUUUUUUAUUGUUGGUUUAUUUUCGGAUUGGAGAGUUAAGAUUUUUGCAACAAAUCCAAUUUUGAACCAACUACACACCCGUCGUUGCAUAUCUGUUACUGACUUCAUUUCAGAUUUAUCGGAUAACAAUUUUUGGCAUUGAAUCGAAAUAUCAAAAUGCAGCUUAAGUCCUUUUUUGCAUAAUUUAAUAACAGCAACAAAAACGAAGAAAUUUUGGAUAUCAAAUUCAAAUUCUACCAUCAUAAGUAGUAUCCUUUUUUUAAACUUUACUAGAAAAAGUGUCACAGUGGAAACAUUUCUAUGGGAUGCGUGUCGUUUACCGUUGAAAACAAAUGCAGUUGAUGUGUUCAUCACGGAUUUACCAUUUGGAAAGAAAAGUGGUUCAAUGGUGAAGAAUUGGCAACUAUAUCCUGAAGUUUUGUUCGAAAUGGCGCGUGUUUGUCAAGUGAAGACGGGACGAGCUGUAAUUUUGACGAAAGAUAAGAAAGCCAUAUCGAAAGCCUUUACACAGACUGCACAGUUUUGGCGAAAGAGGUUUACGUAUUGGAUUAAUAUUGGAGGUUUGCAGGCUGGGGUGUAUGUACUGCAGAGAACAGCUAGUGCAAUGCAGAACUCAUCUUAAUGACAUAAAAAUUGAUAAUUUUGACGAUUUGUUGAUGUGAUUCGGGCCAGCUUGGCUAGCCGAGAUGAAUAAUUGUGUCACGUAUUUUUUUCUUGACCAUAAAAGAUCUUUUGAAUGAACGUUAUACUGUUACUGGAAUCAAAAUAAGCUAAUUAGCCUUUCUCACGAAGGCCAAAAUCCGCCAUUUUUGGGGUACUGUCUGCCCUUGUGAAAUAUUCUAGACAAUUCAAACAACGUGAAAAGCGACUUUUAAAUUAAAGUACUGUUGUAACUGUAAAUUUACCAUCAUACAAACAACUAUAAUACUAAAAGGUCGCAUUUCGUGGUGCGGAUCUGACACAGGGCUCGAAUUUUAUCGCGGCAAUUGCCGUAGAGGGAGAACAAAAUGCCGUGGAUCAUUGCGGCAACGACGGCAAUUUUUUGCCGUGUAGUCUGUGCAUUACUACUUUGAUACUUGAAUUCAGAUGUUGAUCAAAUCAUGCGUAAAUCACUAUUUUAGUCUCAGUUUUCUUCGAAAAAAAAACACUAAAGAAAUACGUAGACAUGUUUCUAGCUUGUCAAAAAUCCAAAGUGACAAUAAAAUUAAAGUUUUAUUACAGUCAUUUGAAAAAUGCCGUGGAAACUGCCAAAAUUGCCGUAGACAGCUGUUACGUUCUACGGCAAUUUUUAACGCCAUUACCGUCGAUUGAUUUCGGGGAAAUUCGAGGCCUGAUCUGAGACAGUGAGACUCUCAAACGUGGGAGAGGCAGUACCCCCAAAAUGGUGGGAAAAUCGGCCGCGAGAAAGGCUGAUUCAAAUUUGGAAACGUCAUUUUGGAUGUUUAUCAAAGCCAUGAUAACAACUUUAAUCUUUAUUAAACUAAUCGUCCCAGUUAACCGGGUCGGUUAGAAUUGAGUGCAAAAAUGUUGUUAGAGUUACGUGUAUAACAUUAAAAAUUGCUUGCUUCACCUUCAUUUUUAUAUUAUCAUUAAUACUCGCAUAUGAUUUGGCAACCUCGUUCCCAGGCUCUUCCCUCUUGUGGAGGAAAGAUUUCUUUAUAUAUAAUAACUACAGUGACACGCAAUUUGAUUGGUCAGUCAAUAGCCAUGCAGGAUCAGGCCAUCCUGCACGAGGAAUUAAAAUGCAUUCGCGGGAUUCUCAAAAUGUUAUUGUUUCACAGCUGUAGUUAUUUUAUAAAACAAUUACCAAAUGGUUUUCCAAGCAAGAUAGCGUGAUCCAUGCACUUGGGAUGUUGCUCGACUUUUGGAAAGCAUAAAAAUACACUCGUCUGGGGCUUGAGUAUUUUUACGCUUUCUGAAAGUCUCGCGACAUCCCUCGUGCAUGGAUCACACAAUCAUGCACGGAAAACCAUUCAGUAUUCCUUUAUUCCUCCACAAGAGGGAAGAGCCUGGGAACGAGGUUGAUGAUUUUGUGCGUUUCUAGGACUACUUUUUAAUGGUCAUAAAUCUGACUCGCUCACAGUCAAAAUCUAUCAAAAAAAUAUUCAAGAUUUUUUAAAUGUAUUUUUUGACCAAUUUUAUCAUGGAUGCCCUUCAAGAGGAAUUCUGUUCAAAAAAGCUGCGCAAACCAGCCACAAUACGACGUAUCAUCGUUUGCAUUUAAGAAUGGACAGUUGCAGAUAAAAUAUUGUCUAUUCGUAUUUACCUCAGCCAUUCAGCAUGAAGCUACUCAUGUAGCCUGCGAGCAGGCUCACGUGAAGCUAGUUAAAUGUGAUUGCUGAUCAGAUUGAAACCUCUCCAAUGUUUGUGACAAACAUCACGGUUCCUGUGAGCAGACGGUGUUUUUAUCUGCAACUGUCCUUGAUGCAAACAAUUGUAUAUGGGUCUUUUAAUCUCGCUAUAUUCAUGAAUAUAACACUCAGUCACAAUCAAAAUCACAAUCACCAUCAAAACUAUCUCCCCAACCGCCAACAGCAUGUCCCACACCAAACCCAAGGAGUCCACCUGCUACAGCUCCACCUGCAGCACCUGCUAGAAGUCCUCUUCUUGACGAUAAGCCACCUCUGCUUUGUGGUGCCUGAUAUUUAAAUACAAAAAAUGAUGUAAACAUAGGGCCCUAUGGCUAGCUAUAUGGCAAUAAAAAUUAAGUUUAUCUGAUUGGAUAGAACUUUUAAAAUUAG